AUGGACCAUCUCAUUGGCCAGAGAUUCAGUCUGAUUUCAAAAAGUGAGAUUCGAUACGUUGGCAUUCUCCACGAGAUCAACCCCGAAGAAUCUACCAUAGCGCUCGAGGAAGUCUUCUCAUUUGGCACCGAGGACCGACCUGUCGACAACUUCAUUCCACCUUCGCAGCAGAAAUUCGAGUAUAUUGUGUUCCGAGGGAGUGAUGUGAAAGACAUAAAGGUCGCUGAGGAGGCUGAAGGACCUAAACAGCCUCCACAACAGCCUCCCAAUGACCCUGCGAUAUUGAACUCAUCUCGUCCAGGACCUACGCAAACAGCUCACCCUCCUCCUCCUGGCCCACCUGGCCCACCUGGCCCUCCUCCAAACCGUGGUGAAUCUCCAUAUCUACCUCCAAACUAUCCUCCUCCAGGAUUUGGUGGCUACUAUCCUCCCGGACCACCACCAGGUCAAUUCGGUCGAGGUUAUGGUCCUCCACCAGGCAACUUCGGACCACCACCAGGCUAUAAUCCGUAUGGCCCUCCACCAGGUUAUUUUGGUCCCCCAGGACCGGGACGUUUCCCUCCUCCACCUCAACAACAUCCACCUCCUAUAGGUCCGCCAGGACAGCGACCGGCCCCUCCCUCACAACCAUCAGCAGUUGCGACUGGUCCGCCCACCGCUCCUGUGUCCAAGCAGACCCUCGAGCUACCAGUGGAGAAGACUACUUCAAGAAAUGAGAAUAAGCCGUCUACACCCGCUCCUCAACCAGUCGCGCCACAGACCGUAGAGUCAACUGAGGCUGAACCGUCUGCCGCACCUAUAGCUCCAACUACCAAAAUACCACAAGCUCAACCUAAAAGCAACAAAGUUGCUCCUGCCAUGCCUUUUGCGGUCAACCAGAAAUCUUUCACACCGCCUGUAUCUACUGGUCCUCCUCAAAGUACGGCCCAGCCACCUGUACCCAAACCAGCCAAGUCACAAGCUGAGAUGGAAGAGGCAUCACGACAAGCAAAAGAAGCCGUCGCGAAUGCCUUGGCAAAACUCAAUCCCCAGUCGACUGCAAGACCAGGAGGCCCACCACCAAAUACAGUCGAGGCCAUAGCGGAAAAGGUCAGUCAAAUGACUACUGCUCCCUCAGCACCACGCGGUCGAGCAGGUUAUCGAGGCGGAAGAGGAACGAGAACUUCUUCUGCAGGACAAAGACAGAAGAUGGAGAUCCCACAAUCAGACUACGACUUUCAAUCUGCCAACGCCAAGUUCAACAAGGAGGAUCUCAUCAAAGAGGCCAUUGCAUCUGGCUCGCCAAUCGGUGAAACGGCAGAUAACCCUAUCGAAGGUCAGGUCAGCGAAACGAAUGGUACGGCCCGAAAAGAUAGCUUGUCCGCCAAUCCAGUCCCAGCUUACGACAAAAAGUCAUCAUUCUUCGAUAACAUCUCUAGUGAGGCAAAAGACCGCGAAGGAAAUUCUGACGGCAGAAUCAAUGCACGAGCUCAGCGUGGUGCCGAGUUCAGUAAGAACAUGGAGACUUUUGGUCAAGGUAAUGUGGACAGUGGCUACCGUGGCCGUGGCCGAGGUGGUUACCGUGGCAGGGGAAGAGGUGAAUUCAGAGGUAGAGGUGGCUACAGAGGACAGAGAAGGGGUCCUAGCACUACCUUUGAUCCCACAACUAUUGUCCAGAACUAG